UGUAUUUUAAGCUGUUAAUUAGUAAAUAAUUAAUGCAUAAAGUGAUCUUUAACCUAGUACAAUUGUCCUUUUAUAUAUUAUAUACUAAACAACCAAAGUGCGUCAAGUUUGGUGUUUACUGAGAUAGUUUCAUCUGAUAAUAUUGUACCUAACUCUUUCGGAAUAAGAAUGGAUAAAGAUUGUGUACAACCAAUAUUUCAAUUUCCCUUCACACCAUAUGACAUACAAACAAAGUUUAUGAGUCAGCUAUACUCCACUAUAGAAGAAGGUAAAUUAGGGAUAUUUGAGAGUCCUACAGGAACGGGCAAAUCAUUAAGUAUAUGCUGUGGGGCUCUUCAAUGGCUUAAAGAUAGUAGAAUAAAAUUAAUAAAAAAUGUUAAUGAAGAAAUAAAUGUUUUAAAGCAUGAUAUUGAUAGUAAAUCAGAUGCUGAUGACUGGCUCCAAGAGGAAUAUGAAAAAAUAAAAAAGAAUCAAAAAUUAAUUGGUCUACAAACACAAUUGGAAAAAAUUAAAAAGCAAGAUGAAUAUUUUAAGGAGUUACAAAACAGGGUUGCAAAAUGUAAAUUAAAUACAAACAAAAUAGAGCACUACUUUAAAGCUGGUAGCAAGAAUUUGAAAAAGGAAAAGGAGAAUAUUGAGGAAAAGGACAAAUUAGAUGACAAGGAGCCAAGAGAGGACGAUGAUCUGCUUGUGGAGAAUGUCGAAAAUGAAAAUGAAGAUGGAUCUGAAGAUGAUGAAAUUAUUGAAGAAGAAAAGGAUGAUUCUGUUAAGAUUUACAUAAGCAGUAGAACUCACAGCCAACUGUCACAAUUUGUUGGCGAGAUCAAGAGAACAGCGUUUUCUGAUAAUACCAGGGUUGUUACUUUGGCCUCUCGUCAGCACUACUGUAUCAAUUCCGAUGUUAGCAAGCUGAAGAAUGUCAAUCUCAUUAAUGAGAGAUGCUUGGAUAUGCAAAAAUCGAAAACAAAAUCUACUUCCACUGGUGAUGAUGGAAAGGUGCUGAAGAAAACUAAAACGGCUUCAUGCACAGCUUGCCCGUAUUAUAAUCAGAGCAAUAUAAAUAAGCUGAAAGAGCACAUUCUUGUUGAUAUUAUGGAUAUGGAGGACUUGGUUAAAUGUGGUAAGAAAUUAAAGGCCUGCCCGUAUUAUGCGUCAAGAAUGGCUUUGAGUGAUGCAGAGGUAGUCCUAGUGAGUCAUGCAGGCUUAGUAAGCAGUGGAGCAAGGUCUGGAAUAUCAUUGAAACUAAAAAACAAUGUGGUGAUAUUCGAUGAAGCUCACGGUCUGACUGCAGCUUUGGAGAAUGCCCACUCUGCCCCUGUAUUGGCUAAGCAACUGUCAUCAGUGAAGACAUACCUUAAUUUCUACAUCAAUAAGUUCAGAGCAAAACUCAGUAGUAAGAAUCUGUUGCUGUUAAAUCAAAUAUCUUUUGUGAUCGGAAGACUUAUAGCGAUGUUAAAUGUAGCAGCCGAUGCUAAAGUUUAUACGAUAGAAGAUUUUGUUAUAAAAGCCGAAAUAGACCACCUGAAUUUGCGUCCUUUGGUUGAAUUUUGUAAAUUAUCAAGAUUGGCGCCGAAAUUACACGGAUUUUCUAUGAGGUACAACCAACAAGAGUUGGAAGAACAAAACAAGAAAAGUACAGUUAAAAAGAGCUCCUUUCAAGAGUUUCUUAAAAAUAUUUCUAAAAAGAAGGAUGAAGAAAAAGUUGCUGAAAAAGAAGUUACAUCUGUAGAGACUAAGACUAAUCAACAGCCCUCUGAAGUAUCGGCAGGCAGUGGUCUAUACGCAGUACUAGAGCUAUUAGAAAGACUCUGUGAGAGGAGCGAAGAUGGCCGUGUUAUUGUCAACACUCAUGGGUUACACUACGCUCUGCUGAACCCUAACCAGCAUUUCGCGCCGCUUGUGGAAGAUUCUAGAUCGGUAAUAGUAGCGGGUGGAACCAUGGAACCAGUAAAGGAGUUUCAGGAGCUAUUGACAAACAACAGCACAGACACACACACAACACACAGAGUUAAUGUAGUGAGGUGCGAACAUGUGGUACCUGCGGAGAAUGUUCUAGGCAUAUGCCUGACUACUGGGCCUUCUAGUGUCAACUUACACUUCUCAUACGAAAAUAGGAGUUCGAAGGAGUUGCUUAGUGAAGUAGGUCGUAUACUAAGGAACAUAGUCAGUAUUGUACCAGGCGGUGUUGUCUGUUUUCUACCCUCAUAUUCGUACGAGCAAGUCCUAUAUGAGCACCUGCAGACUACUGGCGUUAUAGAAGCUAUAUGUAAGAAGAAAACGAUAUUCCGUGAGCCAAAAUUAGCUUCGGAUGUUGAUCAGGUGUUACAAAAGUUCGCGACUGCGGUAAAAAUGAAAAGCGCUGAACAUAACGGCGCGUUACUGUUGAGUGUUGUUGGCGGAAAACUGAGUGAGGGACUCAACUUUAGUGACGACCUAGGAAGGUGCGUUAUAGUCGUCGGCAUGCCAUACCCGAAUAUAAAGUCUGCAGAGCUUCAGGAAAAGAUCAAUUAUAUUAACAGAAAGACGCCGGGAGGGGGCAAUAUUUAUUAUGAGAACUUGUGUAUGAAAGCUGUUAAUCAAUGUAUUGGUAGAGCUGUGAGACACGCUAAUGAUUAUGCGUGUGUUUUACUUGUGGACAGCAGAUACUCUAGGCCACAAACUGUUUCGGCCUUACCCACAUUUGUACAAAAAUCCCUUCAAAGUAACUGCACAUUUGGACAAUCAAUCGGAAGUAUAGCAAAGUUUUUUGCAAGGCAUAAAAACAAGCAAUGACUUUGUAAAAAUAUUUAUUGCAACAUUAUAAACAAUUUU